AGGGCGGGCCAGGAGCGUAAGACUUUUCGAGAAGACCCGCAUAGAGCACGUUGUUCUCGGCCUCUCCCUGAGCUAGGCCAGCAUGGCGGCGGUGAAGAGCCUAAACCCUAAGGCCGAGGUGGCCCGGGCUCAGGCAGCGCUGGCCGUGAACAUCAGCGCGGCGCGGGGCUUGCAGGAUGUUCUGAGGACCAACUUGGGUCCUAAGGGCACCAUGAAGAUGCUCGUUUCUGGUGCUGGAGACAUCAAGCUUACUAAAGAUGGCAAUGUGCUGCUUCAUGAAAUGCAAAUUCAACACCCGACAGCCUCUUUAAUAGCAAAAGUAGCUACAGCCCAGGAUGACAUAACUGGUGAUGGUACUACGUCCAAUGUCCUAAUCAUUGGGGAGCUGCUGAAACAAGCUGACCUCUACAUUUCUGAGGGUCUUCACCCCAGAAUAAUCACUGAAGGUUUUGAAGCUGCAAAAGAAAAGGCACUCCAGUUUUUGGAACAAGUCAAAGUAAGCAAAGAGAUGGACAGAGAAACACUCGUUGAUGUGGCCAGAACAUCUCUGCGGACUAAAGUUCAUGCUGAACUUGCAGAUGUCUUAACGGAGGCUGUAGUGGACUCCAUUUUGUCCAUUAAGCAAAAAGAUGAACCCAUUGACCUCUUCAUGGUUGAGAUCAUGGAGAUGAAGCAUAAAUCUGAAACUGAUACAAGCUUAAUCAGAGGGCUUGUUUUGGAUCAUGGAGCACGGCAUCCUGAUAUGAAGAAAAGAGUAGAAAACGCCUACAUCCUUACUUGCAACGUGUCCUUAGAAUAUGAGAAAACAGAAGUGAAUUCUGGAUUUUUUUACAAGAGUGCAGAAGAGAGAGAAAAGCUAGUGAAGGCUGAAAGAAAAUUCAUUGAAGAUAGGGUUAAAAAAAUAAUAGAACUGAAAAAGAAAGUCUGUGGUGAUUCUGAUAAAGGAUUUGUCGUCAUUAAUCAAAAGGGGAUUGACCCCUUUUCCUUAGAUGCCCUUGCAAAAGAAGGUAUUGUAGCUCUGCGCAGAGCCAAGAGGAGAAACAUGGAGAGGCUGACACUUGCUUGUGGUGGGGUUGCUCUGAAUUCCUUAGAUGACCUGAAUCCUGACUGUUUGGGACAUGCAGGCCUCGUCUAUGAGUACACACUGGGUGAAGAGAAGUUCACCUUUAUCGAGAAAUGUAACAAUCCCCGUUCUGUCACAUUACUAGUUAAAGGACCAAAUAAGCACACACUGACUCAAAUCAAGGAUGCAAUAAGAGAUGGCUUGAGGGCUGUCAAAAAUGCUAUUGAUGAUGGCUGUGUUGUUCCAGGCGCUGGUGCAGUGGAAGUGGCAAUGGCAGAAGCUCUGAUUAAAUACAAGCCCAGUGUGAAGGGCAGGGCUCAGCUUGGAGUGCAGGCAUUUGCAGAUGCCUUGCUCAUUAUUCCCAAGGUCCUUGCACAGAACUCUGGUUUUGACCUUCAGGAAACACUAGUUAAAGUGCAAGCUGAACAUUCAGAAUCUGGUCAGCUUGUAGGUGUGGAUCUGAACACAGGUGAGCCCAUGGUGGCAGCAGAAAUGGGUGUGUGGGAUAACUACUGUGUGAAGAAGCAGCUGCUGCACUCCUGUACUGUGAUUGCCACCAACAUUCUCCUAGUUGAUGAGAUCAUGAGAGCUGGGAUGUCCUCUCUGAAAGGUUGAAGGAGUCCACCUUGCAACUGAACCUAUAAUACUACAGAAUAAUGUGGGGGGAAAUGGUCUUUUUUGUCCAAGCUUCAAGUGAUUUGGAAAAGAAUUUUCCCAACUGAAAAAAAGGAACAGGACAUUUGGCACCUAUUCAAAUUAUAAUACUGUAAUUUUUUUUUUUUUUUUGAGGAGUGUAUGAAUACACUCAGGUCUUUUUAGCCCACUGAACAAGAUGGUUUAGCUACAGUGGUAAAAAAUUAACAUACCAAGAAAGAUAAACGUGUUGUCUGCAUUGUUCCUUAAGUGUUCUUUGAAAAAUUGUAAUGGUUUUCUCCUAAAGGUGUGGUGGUGCAUGCCUGUAAGUAAGCCUAGCACUUUGCAAGUAAAGUCAGGAAGUUAUGCACCAGCAGCUCGGACUAUAGGAGACCUCAGCUCAAAGGAAUGGAAAUUUUUUUUGUUACGGAUGUAUUUUAAAUCAGCCAGCCAGCUCCCUGUUAAACAUGUAAAAUUCUUGCCAAUGUAAAACACAUCUGGGUAAUUUAUGGUUUUCAUAGUGUCUCUAAUAAAUACUUGAGUGAA